GUACGUAAGUAUUUGCUACACGGUGAUAGCUUGUGUAGCUACUACACGGAUAGAUUGGUAGAAGAAGGAGUGAAAUAGAACAAGUUCAGAUUAAGUGAGAACAACUGUGAAAUAAGAGCACGUAAUCGAGGUCACUGGCGUGUCUUUGAAAAGGUUAUCGAACGUAGUCUACCCAGAUUUGAAAUCGGUCACAUUCGUACUCUCAAAGUCACCCGCAAACAUGCUGCCGUUUCCACGACUCCUGAAGGCCACGUUGACCGUCGCUCAAGGAGCGAAAGGGUUAUCCACCAGUGCUAAACGCAAUGGCAAGGUUGCAAUUUUGGGAGCGAGCGGAGGAAUCGGUCAGCCGAUGUCGUUACUCAUGAAGCAAUCGCCGCUUGUAAGCGAAUUGUCAUUGUACGAUAUUGUACAUACACCGGGUGUUGCUGCCGAUCUUUCGCACAUUGAUACGCCCGCAAAAGUAAAGGCAUACAACGGUCCAGAUCAGUUGAGAGAUUCACUUAAAGGAUGUCAGGUGAUCCUUAUCCCCGCCGGUGUGCCACGAAAACCGGGAAUGACUAGAGAUGAUCUCUUCAACACAAAUGCUUCAAUAGUGAGAGAUCUCGCUCAGGCUGCGGCCGAAGUAGCACCGAAAGCUUUUAUUGCCAUUAUUUCGAAUCCGGUCAAUAGCACCGUGCCUAUCGCUAGCGAGGUGCUGAAAAAGGCUGGCGUUUAUGAUCCGAAAAGAGUAUUUGGUGUAACGACACUCGAUAUUGUCAGAGCGAACGCGUUUAUCGCUGAAGCUAAAGGUCUUAACCCACAGGACGUGUCGGUGCCAGUUAUUGGAGGUCAUAGCGGUGUCACCAUUAUACCGCUGAUUUCGCAAGCUAAGCCAUCAGUUUCAUUUCCAGAAGACAAACUUAAGGCUCUGACAGUGAGAAUCCAGGAAGCUGGCACGGAGGUUGUUAAAGCCAAAGCUGGCGCUGGUUCUGCAACCCUUUCAAUGGCGUACGCUGGUGCCCGAUUCGGUAUGUCCUUACUCAGGGGACUUAAAGGAGAGAAGGUGGUAGAGUGCACCUUCGUACAGUCGAGCGAAGUCAGCGGCGUUAGUUACUUUUCAACGCCCGUUGUCUUGGGUAAAAACGGACUUGAGAAGAAUCUUGGCCUCGGCACGCUCAGCCCCUUUGAAAAACAGUUACUGGAACAGGCUAUUCCAGAGCUCCAAAAGAAUAUCAAGAAAGGAGAAGACUUCGUUAACAAGAAGUGAACUUCUUGAAUCGAAACGUUAUACAGAUCAAGUGAUUAAGUUAUUAAAUGAAAUCCGUUAUCUUCAGUAUUGAUUACGAAGAAUAUUCGCGUUGUACGCGAACGUGAAGCGUUAUGCAAAAAGACAAAACAAAUACCGAAUUCUUUAUACAUACUGUUAGUAGAUGAAUAAGAAUGAAUUUGACAAAAUUUAAAUUCACUUUUGAAUACUCAAUAUGAUAGGAAAACAAAAUGUGCAGGAACGUAAAAAGUUACAGAUAAUAUUGUUAAUAUUCUAAGGAUAACGUUCAUAGAGCGUGUUUGAAGGAAAUGAAAUGUCGAACACCAAAGUCGUUGUAGUUGAUCUGAAAAUAAAAAAGAAAAUGCUAAU